ACAGCCGAAUACCCGCUGCGUUGGUUGCAGAAGUUGGCUGCCACGUAGUUAACAUUCUUGUCAUGUAGUGAUUUAAAUAAUCUUUUCAAUAAUCUUCUUGUUCAUUUUUAUUAGUUAGUGACCUAUUUUCCCUAAACAUGAAUUUUAUUUCUCUUUGUUCGGUUCUGCCCUCAUUGCUUGCGUUUGUCACUGGUGGAAAACUUCCUGAGCCCGAAGUUGAAGUUGAGGUAAUAGACAAGCCAAUCAUGUGUUACCGAAAAUCAAAAUAUGGAGACAUGCUUCUUGUUCAUCACGAGGGAUUCCUGGAGAGCAAUGGCACCAUGUUUUAUUCCAGCCGCAUACAUGGUGACAAAAAUCCUGUGUGGUUUACUCUGGGGAUCCGAGAAGUGCUCAAAGGCUGGGAUAAAGGUCUGCAGAACAUGUGCACAGGAGAGCGCAGGAAGCUGACCGUCCCUCCAUCACUGGCAUACGGCAAGGAAGGAAAAGGCAAGAUCCCUCCAGGCAGCACUCUGAUUUUUGACAUUGAACUCCUGGAGAUCCGAAAUGGUCCCAGAUCACAUGAUUCCUUCCGGGAAAUGGAUCUGGAUGAUGACUGGAAGCUGUCGAAACACGAGGUGAAAGAGUAUUUGAAGAAGGAAUUUCAGAAACAUGGCUACUCACCCAAUGACACACACCAUGAAGUGAUGGUCGAAGACAUCUUCAAAAACGAGGAUGAGGAUAAAGAUGGUUUUAUAUCUGCCAGGGAGUUCACCUACCAGCACGAUGAGCUCUAAGCGACUGAUUUUCUCAAGUUUUUAAAAAUGGUCUUCCUUCAAAUCACAACUGAGGAACUGUGAAUUAGUUACUGGACUGUGUUACACAAAAAUCCUCCAUCCAUUUCUUUUUUUUUUUACACUACAUUUGAGCAGUAUUCUCCUACCUUGGCAUCAUUUUUUGUACUAGUUUAUUUAAAAAUGGCAUCCGUAAUGUAUUUAUAUUUCCAUCAUUCGUGCACUGAUAAUGUCAACACAGAUGCAUUUUGGACUUCCUUCUUUGUUUAAUCGAUUUCAUGACAGAGAUGUUUUUAAAAUAAAAAGGACUUUAUGUUUA